UGGUACUUUGUUUCGUUUGCUUUUUGUUCUUUGUUGUUCCGUGCGCGCUAUUCUGUGAUAAAGUGUACUUAACCAAUUCUUUAAUGUUAUUUUAAUUAGUAAUGAUUAGAUCUUGUCUUAAAUGCACGGCAGCUAAUAUAUGCAAAUAACGAGCAACUUCUGCUGCCUCAAUUAAGCCCAAAUAAUAACAAUAAUAUUAACAGCACAGAAGUGAGAGGGGCAGCACCAGCAGCAGCAGUAGCAGCAGCAGUAGCAGCAGCGCUGCAGGCAUCAGCAGCCAGCCAACGUUUGUAUGUCAACAGUGGCCCCGUGGUGCAUUCUACAUAUGUACAAAUAUAUUGUUGGCUCGCAGUUGGCUAAGAACAAAGCCAGGGACACGACGAUAACACCGCCUCCGCCGUCGUCGUCGUCGCCGCCGCCAUGAAGUUCGCUGAGCAUCUGUCGGCGCACAUAACGCCCGAGUGGCGCAAGCAGUACAUCAACUAUGAGGAAAUGAAAGCCAUGUUGUACUUGGCUGUCGAGGAGGCGCCGUCUGUGGACAGCGUGGAGGAUGAGGUGCUCAAACGUCACUUUGCCAACUUCGACGAGAAUUUCUUUCACUACUGUGACAAGGAGCUGAAGAAGAUAAAUACGUUCUAUUCGGAAAAGUUGGCAGAGGCAACGCGUAAAUUUGCGACACUCAAUGCGGAGCUAAAGUCCAGCAUCGAGGAGUCGGAGCGCACGGCCAAGAAGUCCAAGGGCCAGAAACGACAUGCCGCAUUGCCAGAUCGCAAAGCACGCGAGCUAAAAUUAGCCUUUAGCGAAUUCUAUUUGAGUCUUAUACUGUUGCAGAACUAUCAGAAUCUGAAUCAUACGGGCUUUCGCAAGAUUCUUAAAAAGCACGACAAGCUGCUGCGCGUAGACACCGGUGCCAAAUGGCGUCAGGAAUAUGUGGAGGCAUCGCAUUUCUUUAUCAACAAAGACAUUGACAACAUCAUCAAUGAAACGGAGACGACGGUCACGGGCGAGCUGGAAGGCGGCGACCGGCAGCGUGCGAUGAAACGCUUGCGUGUGCCGCCCCUUGGCGAGCAGCAGAGUCCGUGGACCACCUUUAAAGUUGGCCUCUUCUCGGGCAGCUUCAUUGUGCUCGGCAUUGUGGUUGUGCUGUCUGCUAUAUUUCACGACAUAACCGGCGAGAAUUUGAAGGUCACGUUUCGUCUGUAUCGCGGUCCAUUGUUGAUCAUCGAAUUUAUAUUUUUGAUUGGCGUUAACAUCUAUGGCUGGCGUUCGUCGGGUGUUAAUCAUGUGCUGAUCUUCGAGCUGGAUCCUCGCAAUCAUCUAUCCGAACAGCAUCUGAUGGAGCUGGCGGCCAUAUUCGGCGUCGUCUGGACACUGAGCAUGCUCAGCUUUCUGUACAGCGCCAGCCUGAGCAUACCAGCGUUUAUCAAUCCAUUAACAUUGACCCUGAUCAUGCUGAUUUUCUUGGUCAAUCCGUUUCAUGUGCUCCAUCAUGACGCACGCUUCUGGCUGCUCCGCAUCACUGGACGCUGUGUUGCAGCUCCGUUCUUUCAUGUGGGCUUCGCCGAUUUCUGGCUGGGCGACCAGCUGAACUCGCUAGCCACCGCCAUCUUAGAUUUUGAGUAUCUCAUAUGCUUCUACUUCACCAAUGGCAACUGGUCGGAGGCGGUGGAUGCGUCCAUUUGUAUGGAAAAAGAUUUUAUAGUGCGGCCCAUUGUCAACUGCCUGCCUGCCUGGUUCCGAUUUGCGCAGUGUCUGCGCCGUUAUCGGGACACACGAGAAGCCUUUCCACAUCUGGUGAAUGCGGGCAAAUAUUCGACGACCUUCAUGGUAGUCAUCUUUGCCACGCUCAAAAGCUUUAACAGUCCCAACUAUGCGAGCACUUUUGAUAAUCCCUACACUUGGCUGUGGAUAGUGGCGUCUAUAGCUUCCUCCUGUUACUCGUACACAUGGGACAUCAAAAUGGAUUGGGGCCUGUUCGAUAAGAAUGCGGGCGAGAAUACGUUCCUGCGCGAGGAAGUCGUCUACUCGUCCACAGGCUUCUACUAUUUCGCCAUCUUGGAGGAUCUGGCGCUGCGCUUCAUCUGGGCACUGUCCUUCUAUUUGACUGAAAUGAAGAUCGUUAGUAGCGAUAUAAUGACCUCUAUAACAGGCAUCCUGGAAGUCUUUCGCCGUUUCGUUUGGAACUUCUUCCGCUUGGAGAACGAGCAUCUCAAUAACUGCGGUAAAUUCCGUGCCGUGCGAGAUAUUUCCAUUGCCCCGCUUGAUUCGUCCGAUCAGACGCUCAUCUUGCGCAUGAUGGAUGAGACGGAUGGUGUAAUCAAUCGCUACACAAAAACGAACAGACCCAAGCCAAAGAAGAUCAAGGAUCCGGAGAAGCGUAGUCUGUUGCAAGCACGUGGCUCACUGCCGGAUCUCAGCAUUGAUAUUGAUGGCAGUAAAAAGCUUUAAAUGAUAUGGUCCACCCCCACCCACACACCUCAUGCGCUUCCUGAACGAACGGUUUAUUUUUUCCUUCUGUGGCAUCUUUACCAAUUCUUCCCCUUCUUUUUGUUGACUUUAGUUAAUGCUUAUACGUCUAGUUACUAAGUACUUAAAGAGCAAAACACAUAAAUAGUUAGAGCUUAAGUUGAACUAAACAAAACUAAAAUUGCAUUCCAUAAACGCAUCUAACAAUGGACCAAAACCCAGCCCCAAACGAAAAGAAAAUGGAAAAGAAACCCUAAAGAUUAACCCAUUCCCAAUCAUUCCCAUAGAGCGGCAGUAUUACUUAGUAAGACCUAAUACACUUUAUACUAAUACUAAUAAUUGGCAGAAUCCCAAAUAGAAAAACAUUCCUUUUUGAAAAAAAAAAAAAAAAAAAAAAAACGAAAAUGAGAGGUAAACCUUAAUUAAGAUAUAGACAAUUAUUUCUUUUUUUUUUUUCUAUUUCUAAAUAAUAGCGUCAAUUUUUUGUACUUAGUAGUUUCGUGGAGUUGUGCUUUAUUAACAUUAAUAUUAUUAUUAUUAUGAAUUUUUAGUUCAAAUGCAAUUCGAGAAACCAUUUUUGAUAUAUGAAAUUUUAUUGCAGCAGAUUUCUAGAAUUCCUUUGAGUAGCCUGCUUUUUGGGCGUGGUAAUUUCAAAUUGUAUACAUUUUGUAGGGACUCUUUACAAAAUCUACAAAUAGACUUCAAAACGUGUAACGUUAUCGUACCAAGUAGAAAGUUUUAGUGAGCGGCCUUGUCUUAACUUAAGUCUGAACAAUUUCGCAAUAUCCCCCUUUGUGUCCGUUAAUUUCUUUAUGUUUGCCUCUAAAUGUUGUAAAUAGCUAAAAGCAUGACUAUAGUAAACAGAACUGAACUAAGAACUGUUAAUAAUAAUAAAUAUUUAUAUAUAAUAUAUAUUCCCUAUAUACCACAUAUAAAUAUUUAUAUAUAUAUAUAUAUAUAUAUACACAACUCUAAAGCUCUAGAAAUAUGAAUAACACAUAUGCAUAUAUACAUAUAAUAAUUGUAUUAGCCGGGGUAUGCCUCAAAGAGAACCCAAAACAUAAUUGAAACGAACUGUACGAAAUAAAGACGCCUAGUUAUAUGCAGCAUA